AUGACAUCCGGAGACUUUACUGACCUGGUGGACUUUCUCGACCAAGUGGUUGGAGGAUCAGACGAUUAUGGUAACACCGCAACAACGUCUUCAUUAGAGAAUGUUCCUACCGCCAUUGGGGGCGAUGAAAAUAACCCAGAUGGCGGGGCAUCAACGGCAAACGAGCUCUCUACAGAUACCUUUUGGGACGGCUCGGAUGAGACAUUAGCAACAGUACCGGCUGCGACUGCAACAUCAACGGAGGGAACCGACUUCACCACACCAACCACCUUAACCUCGCAAACCACGACAACAGCCGCCACCUCAGUCUCUGCCAAUCACACUCAAAGCGACAAUGAUAACGACGAUGGAGGCGGUGGUGGAAUGAGCAACAGCACUAAGAUUGCCAUUGCCGUCCCCGUUGCCAUCGUCGGCGCCGCCAUCAUCGCUGCCAUCCUCUUCUUCCUGCUCCGUCGCCGGCGUCGACAACGCAACCUUGAGUCCCAACCCGUCAUCACAACACGGCAAAUGGACAAUUCCUCUUCCGUCUUCCUCCCACAGCAACAGCCUCAGAUUCAACCAGUUCCUGUUCCCGCUGCAGCACCCAUCACUCGUCGUCCAGUACCAGAAGGUCCAUACGUCGAGCCAGUCGAACCUGCAACUGCCGAAACCAACAUCAUCGCCGCAGGUGCGGCUCGGGAUCUGGAAUGGAGAACGUCGGAAGAACGCGGUGGACGACCUCGUUCGCCAUUUGAUCACCCGCGCGACAAUGACGAUAAUCUGUCUAUUGUGUCUGGGAUGAGUGAUCGGGAGGCGAUGAUGAGAGCUAGGGGUCCGAGGGACGACGAUGUGUCGUCUGUAUCAAGUUUCGAGGAUGAGCCACGACCGAGUACUACAAAUCGAGGGGGCUAA